CACACAGACACUGAAAGUUUCAGGCUUGAAGUUAGCAGAAGAGUGAAAAUUUCACUGCCUCCAGGUCCGCAGAUAUCAACAAGUUUAAGGGACUAUUCCCCAUCCGUAUCAGCUCUCUGAUGCAGACAGAAAAAGCAACUGACCGUCUUCCUCACGCUCCAUAAGCCACAUCAGCACACUCGGAACUGCGGCCCCCCACGCCACCGGGCACACGGCUGCGCCUGCCCAGCUGCUCCCGCAGCACCCUUCUGCCCCCGCUGCCGGCACAGCAGCGGGUCACAGCCCCGCGCAGGGGAGCUGCCGCCUGCCCCAACGCCUGCGCUAGAGAAAGGAAGCAACAAAGGCACCCCUGGGUUGUUCCACGAACACUUACGUCUUUCUGUCACCUCUCUUCUAGGUAACUUCCACGUGGUUUAGCUAUUUGAAUGCUGGUUUUAAUUGCGUCAAUCAGCACAUUUAAAAACCACAGACGCAUUUAAAAAACACCAGUAGAGGCAGCGAGGGGGAAAGGUUAACAUGCUAUUGGACCAUGAGGAAGCAGUCGCAGAGAGACACCGAGCACUAAUAGCCUGAUGCUCCGGAGACCCCAGAGACCAGUAAGACAGGUUCUUUACAUCUCCUGACAGCAAAACCAACGCGCACAAGAAGUUUACCAUGUCAAACGUUUCACAAUGCUAUAUCAAAACCGAAAUGGAACCUUUUACCUAUUUUUACUACUUAAUUUUUCUAAUGGGUUUUCUGGGGAGUUGUUUUGCACUAUGGGCAUUCACACAAAAAGGUCAAAAACAGAAGUGUAUGAGCAUCUACUUAACUAACCUCUUAACGGCAGACUUUCUGUUGACUUUGGCGUUGCCAGUGAAGAUAAUUGUUGACCUAGGAGUUGCGUCCUGGAAACUGAGAAUAUUCCACUGUCAAGUUACAGCCUGUUUCAUCUACCUGAACAUGUAUUUAUCAAUUAUAUUCUUGGGAUUUGUAAGCAUGGAUCGUUGCCUUCAGCUAAUGCACAGUUGCAAGAUCUACCGCAUUCAAGAGCCUGGAUUUGCCAAGAUGUUGUCUGCAGUUGUAUGGACAAUGAUUCUCCUUAUAACAGUGCCCAACAUGGCUAUUCCAAUAAAAAACAUUGAAGAAAGGCCUAAUGCAGGGUGCAUUGAUUUCAAAACAAAAUUUGGAAGAGACUGGCACGUGUUUACCAAUUUUGUAUGUACAGCAAUAUUCCUGAACUUUUCAGCUGUGAUACUGAUUUCCAAUUUCCUUGUUGUUAGACAACUCUACAGAAACAAAUACAGUGAGAGUUACGCGAAUGUGAAGAAGGCCAUGAUCAACAUAUUGCUUGUAACAGCAGGCUACAUACUGUGUUUUGUUCCAUACCACAUCGUUCGCAUUCCCUACACUUUGAGCCAGAAUGAUGCCAUAACCAACUGCUCUCUGAAGCAAAUACUCUUUCAAGCAAAAGAAUCUACCUUGCUGUUUGCAGUAUCAAACCUCUGUUUUGACCCUAUUCUGUAUUAUCACCUUUCCAAUUCAUUCAAAUUGAAAGUUACCGAGACUUUCAUAGCACCCAAAGAGACAAAGGCUUUCACAGAUGACGAGACAGAACACAGAAACAAACAGCAGGUGCAGACAUACGGAUUCUGAACUACAUGGAAACUGUGUACAAACACAGGAUAUAAACAGCGAUUGUGCAAUUGGAAGCAUGGCUACUAGGGUCCACAACAUUAUUGUUGAAUCAUAAGCCCAAGCAGAAGGAAAAAACUUGAAUGACAGUACUAAUUGCUUUGUUGUACGUUCACAUGGUAGGUCUGAACUAGCAGAACGUUUGAUACUGCUUUUCAGAAAUAUUUCAGUGUACCAGUGACAACCUAUGAAGAAUCAGCAACACUUGAGAAUAUUUUUUUUCAUACUCAAAUAUACAUUCUAAUUAUUUACGGUAAACACCUGAACUCACCCUAGGUAAAAUAUUGCAUACUAUAUUAAAUGACUUGGUGCAAUGUAGUAAAGAUUUUUUUUAAAAGAGGAGUUCAUUACCUGCACAGCUCUUCGUAGUUAAAAUUAACCUAAAAGCAUCUUAAAGAUUAUUACUUGUUCUAGAAAGCAAUUUUCAGCUGAACUGAUUAGUAAAUACUGUAUUCGCUUACAUUUCAUCUGCAGUUUUCAUAAAUAAAUUUAUUGUUCUUAUCAA